AAACGUUCGGAAGAGAAUGAAGCCAACGCUCUUGCUUCAUUUCCAGACUCAGAAAUUUUACCUACCAAGAACGCAAAUGUGCUAAGCGAUAAAAUAAAAAAAUAUAAAAAACGGAAAAUUAUGGCAAAUUUUAUAUUUUACGGAAUUGUUGUGAUAUAUUUCUUGCAGCUCUAUAAUGUUAACUGUGAUCAAGUACGAAUAAUUGGUCUAAACGAUAUGUGGACUUUAUCAAAUCAAAAUGGCUCCAUUGAAUUAGGAAACUUGAAAAUUCCGUCUGGAGUAUAUUCAGCGCUGGCAAAAACUUACGGUGACGUAUUGUUUUCGAAAAAUGACAAAAAACUACAAUGGAUUGCUUAUGAAAAUUGGACGUACACAACCACUUUUAAGGUUCAACUGGACAACAAUACUCGAGCUGUAAAUAUAACUUUUCACGGUAUCGAUACAGUAGCGAAAAUCAGUUUAAAUGGUCAUCACCUUGGCGUAACUGAUAACAUGUUUCUGCGCUACAGUUUCGCUGUUUUGCCAUAUUUACAAGCAGAAAAUACAUUGAAAGUGGAAUUAAAAUCUUCGUUGCUUUGCGGCAAGCAAGCGCAAAUGAAAGAUGAAUGUUAUCGGAAUAUGUUUCACAAAAUGAAAAUGAGUUAUGGCGUAAGAGAUGGUCCACACGUGCUGUCAACUGGUAUUUGGAAACCGGUCCAAUUAGAAUACUAUGAGGUGGCUAUUAUGCGUGAUAUUUUUGUGGCAAUUGGGCAGACGGAUUCUCUUUGGCUCUUGGAUAUACGUGUACCCCUUGAAACCGGUAUACGUCAAGAUUUUUAUGGCGAAUUAUUGUUUCUAGCAGCAGAGUUGUUAACGGAACCUGUGCGUAUAAAACCUGUUUUAAUAUCUCAUAAGGAACCGCAAUUUAAGUUUCAAGUAAAUGUAACAAAAGACAAAGUUUCAUUAUGGUGGCCGAAUGGUUUUGGUGAACAAAAAUUAUAUCCUUUGUACGUUCGCGUUAAUUGCUGGCUGGGUAAAGGACAACCGCAAUUACGAGCGAAAACAUUAUCACAGAAAAUGAUAAAAAUUGGAUUUCGUACGAUUGAACUGAUCGAAGAUUUCGAUGGUUAUGGAAAAUCCUUUUAUUUCAAGGUUAAUAAACAGACAAUAUUCAUUAAAGGUGCCAACUACGUACCGGCUCAUAUAUUACCUGAACAUGCAGCUGAUGUGAACAAAGUUAAGCAUAUUCUAAGAUCAGCUAAAAACUCACAUUUAAAUAUGAUUCGUGUUUGGGAUGGCGGUCUUUAUGAAUCAGAUUAUUUUUACAAUUUAGCUGACACUUAUGGCUUAUUAGUUUGGCAAGAUAUCCCUUUUUUGGGCGCAAAUUAUUCCCUAACUAGUAAUUUUAAAGAAAAGAUUCGUUUGGAAAUUAGGCAAAAUGUCAUGCGUUUUGCUCAUCAUCCUAGUUUGGCAUUGUUGGGCAUUAAGAAUGGAAUGGAUAAUGUCCAACUAAUUCUUCCUAAUGAACUUACUAAAGAUAUAAAUCGUCAAGAAAUAAAUUAUCGUCAAGCAUUUGGGAACAUUACAAUUUUUGAAUUCAAUGCAUUAACCGUUAAAGACAUUAAGUCUUCUCUUCUUUUCACGACUUCUUUGUUUUUUGAGCUUGCGCGGGAACAUGUAGAGACUUCUUACAUUAGAUUGCCGAAUUUGAACUUCAGCAAUGCAUAUUUUUGGGAAGAGCUAUGGAAUUCUGACAUUUAUCCACGUCCCCGCUUUAUAAGUAGAUACGGUUUACAAAGUCUGCCGAUAUUAUCGUCUUGGAAACGGAGCAUAUCGAAAAAUGAUAAAAUCCUUGAUUUAAUAACAUAUCGUCAACGUCAAUUUCAAGGUCUUGAAGCUAUUUUAAUCCUGAUAAGAUAUUACUUUGGAUUACCUACAUCCGCUUUUAUGAACUGCGCAAAAUCGCUGAUUUACUUUAGUCAACUUUCUCAAGCUAUGAAUAUUAAGACAGCUACUGAAAUGUUUCGCACUCAAGCCUUGCGUAAGAAAACAAUGGGUACACUUUAUUGGCAUUUGAACGAUGUCUGGGUAACUUUGUCAUCCUCAAGUAUAGAUUUUUAUGGGAACUACAAGCUGUUGUACUAUUGGUCCAAACAAUUUUUGGCUCCCAACUAUGUUAUCGCGGUCAUGGAUAAUAAUAAUAAUAAAAUCAAUGUUACUGUAACGCAUGAAGGAUCGUUCGUUAAUCAAGAAAUUUACAAUUAUAAAGUGAUCGUUAAUAUCUAUACAUGGAUGAAUUUGUAUCCACGAAAAACUAUGAAAUUAUUUAUUGGAAAUAUGAAGAACGGACUUUUAACUUAUCAUCUAUCUAUGUCGGAAGUUUUCACGGCACCCUUCAAUACCACUAAUAGCUUUCUCGAAUUUACUUUGCAAAAUCAAAAUGAUUCGGAAAUAUCGCGAAAUUAUUUAUUCCCUGGAAAUUUUCAAAAAACUAUUUUACCUGAUCCCAAAUUAAAGAUUGAAUUGUCUCUCGUGCACUGCGUUGAAGGGAAAAUACCGUUCAUUAGUUACAGUAUAACGACAAUGGUUGAAAAGCCGGCUUUAUUCGUUUCUUUGGAAAUCUAUCAUCCGGAUGUGGAAAGAUAUACGUUAUCGGAAAAUGGUUUUGUUCAAGUUGAACCCGUUAAGGUGAUUCAUGUAGAACUUACCGCAAAAUCGUCAAAAUGUAUUUUGUUGACUUCAGAUAAUGUACGCAUAAUGACCGUAAAUCAAUUUAUCGCCAAUAGAACCCAAGCAAAUUGUCCUAAAGAAAUACUUCUGUAA